AUGGCCCGCCUAAUCAAAGGCUUCAAGCGCACUCUCUCGCUCUCGAAACUCUCUCCACACAAGAAGACAGAAGAGGCCGCGCCGGUCUUGCUCGACAAGUUGCCGGAAGUCCCAGAGCGCUUCGCUUCGCCCGACCACGUCGAGGAGGAGGAAUACUCGCCGGCGAUACGCGCGGCGUAUCGUCUUACGUUUUUGUCGCCGGAGGGGGAGGGGGAGGGGGGGGUGGAAGAGGUAGGGGAGCUUACGCGCGCACGGCUGGCGUUGUUGAGCGUGCUGGGGGGUAUGAGUGGCAGUGCGAUUGUGGGUGCGACGGAGAUGGAUGCGCAGGUUAGAGGGGCGUUGGGGGGGUUAGAUAGUGGGGAAGAGGAGGGUGGGGAGGGGGAUAUGAGGGUUUGGGGGGCAUAUCGCAGGUUGGUGGAGGUGGAGAGGAGGAUUCUAGCUGCUGAGGAUGGGAAGGAGGAGGGCAGCGCGGGUUCUUCAGUGACGUGUGUGUCCACGCCCAUACUCACGAAUCCAGAGCAAUUACCACAGCCGAGACAGGAGGUGCUGCGGCGCUUGAAACUCUCAGAGUCCUCGCGGUCGUUGUAUCUCGCGCGCCCGGAUAUCGUGCGCAGGGGGAGUGCGAAUGGGUUCUGUGUGGCCGAGUUGGUGAUGGGCGGGGUGCAGGAUCAUCGGUUCGUUUUACCGUAUUUACAUUUCGUCAGGCAUGAGGAAGUGCGAGCGCUGAAGCAGUGGCUCGUAGAGAGGGAUUUUGUGCGGCAGUCCGGGUCGAUUAGUCGGAUUGAGAAGGUGUUGCAUUGUGUGCAGUUGCUGCAGACGGGGAUGCGGUAUGAGUCUAUUGCAGUGGUGUUUUCGAGGACGCCGAGGCAGGUCAUGGAGAGUUGUCAUGAGGUUCUGAGGGGGCUGGAGGUGUUGUAUGAAGAGACGGUGCAGCAGGGGUGUGAGGGGAAGGUUUAUGAGAAGCUUUGGGGGAUUGCGAGGAGGUAUGCGAUUGGGCAGUUGGGGAAGGUGGAGAAAUACUACGGAUUCAAGUGGGAAGAAAUUAGGAGAAUACUGGUCGCAUUGAACGUGUACAUUGGGCGAUGGCGCGGGACUGCAAAUCCGUUCGACGGCAGGCUGUUCAGAUGGGGGAGCUAUCUUGACGUUAAAGAGGGGGGAAUACCGAGCAUCGUGGCGGAGGAGAGCAGCGACGAAUCUGACGAAGACUCGGCGGAGAUCGUGGAGCUGGACAUGGAAGACUACAACAAACGCAUGAGCUGCGGCAGUUCAUCGCUCACUAGCAUCGACACGGCCAGUUCGUCGCUGUACGAGGAGCCCGUCGCACAGGCGGCAAUCGCCCAGCGAGUGUGGUAUCGGAAGCUCUGA